CACCUCCCCAGCCAAUGGCUGGGAUCUCUCUCUCCUUCCCCUCCCCAUUCCUUUUUCCCCCCAGCCUAGGGCUGGGGCUGACAGACGGGACCAGGAGCUCUUGAGGUGUCUGGAGGCUCAGCGAGCCCCAGACCCAGGAGGCCCAAGGAGCUGGAGGUGACCCUCAGGCAGCAAGAACCCCGCGGAAGGGCGUGAGCCCUACAGACAGCUGUGCGGUACCUAGGGCUGGGCUCCUGUUAGGAGAAAGUGCCUGCGCCCAGGCAGCGGCUCAGAGGCAGCUGCUCCAUGCAGAACUGAAGCUGGUUCUGCAGCAGAAAGGGGAGAGGACACAGGAGCCUGGGGUGCAGGUGCCUCCCAGCAACGCCAUGGAGGCCAGGAGCCGGAGCGCAGAGGAGCUGAGGCGGGCGGAGUUGGUGGAAAUUAUCGUGGAGACAGAGGCGCAGACCGGGGUCAGCGGCAUCAACGUAGCUGGCGGCGGCAAAGAGGGAAUCUUCGUUCGAGAGCUGCGCGAGGACUCACCGGCCGCCAGGAACCUCAGCCUGCAGGAAGGGGACCAGCUGCUGAGUGCCCGAGUGUUCUUCGAGAACUUCAAGUACGAGGACGCACUACGCCUGCUGCAAUGCGCCGAGCCUUACAAAGUCUCCUUCUGCCUGAAGCGCACUGUGCCCACCGGGGACCUGGCGCUGCGGCCCGGGACCGUGUCUGGCUACGAGAUCAAGGGCCCGCGGGCCAAGGUGGCCAAGCUGAACAUCCAGAGUCUGUCCCCUGUGAAGAAGAAGAAGAUGGUGCCUGGGGCUCUGGGGGUCCCCGCUGACCUGGCCCCUGUUGACGUCGAGUUCUCCUUUCCCAAGUUCUCCCGCCUGCGCCGGGGCCUCAAAGCUGAGGCUGCCAAGGGUCCUGUCCCGGCCGCCCCUGCCCGCCGGCGCCUCCAGCUGCCUCGGCUGCGUGUACGAGAAGUGGCCGAAGAGGCUCAGGCAGCCCGGCUGGCCGCCGCUGCUCCUCCCCCCAGGAAGGCCAAGGUGGAGGCCGAGGUGGCCGCAGGGGCUCGUUUCACAGCCCCUCAGGUGGAGCUGGUUGGGCCCCGGCUGCCAGAGGCCGAGGUGGGUGUCCCACAGGUCUCAGCCCCCAAGGCUGCCCCCUCUGCAGAGGCAGCUGGUGGCUUUGCCCUCCACCUACCAACCCUUGGGCUCGGAGCCCCGGCUCCGCCUGCUGUGGAGGCCCCAGCCGUGGGGAUUCAGGUCCCCCAGGUGGAGCUGCCUGCCUUACCCUCACUGCCCGCUCUGCCUCCACUUCCCUGCCUAGAAACCCGGGAAGGGGCUGUGUCGGUAGUGGUGCCCACCCUGGAUGUGGCAGCACCGACUGUGGGGGUGGACCUGGCCUUGCCGGGUGCGGAGGUGGAGGCCCGGGGAGAGGCACCUGAGGUGGCCCUGAAGAUGCCCCGCCUCAGUUUCCCCCGAUUUGGGGCUCGAGCAAAGGAAGUUGCUGAGGCCAAGGUAGCCAAGGGCAUCCCUGAGGCCAGGGUGAAAGGUCCCAGGCUUCGAAUGCCCACCUUUGGGCUUUCCCUCUUGGAGCCCCGGCCUGCUGCUCCUGAAGUUGUAGAGAGCAAGCUGAAGCUGCCCACCAUCAAGAUGCCCUCCCUUGGCAUCGGAGUGUCAGGGCCUGAGGUCAAGGUGCCCAAGGGACCUGAAGUGAAGCUCCCCAAGGCUCCUGAGGUCAAGCUUCCAAAAGUGCCUGAGGCAGCUCUUCCAGAGGUUCGACUCCCAGAGGUGGAGCUCCCCAAAGUGUCAGAGAUGAAACUCCCAAAGGUGCCAGAGAUGGCUGUGCCGGAGGUGCGGCUUCCAGAGGUGCAGCUGCCCAAAGUGUCAGAGAUGAAACUCCCAAAGGUGCCAGAGAUGGCUGUGCCGGAGGUGCGGCUUCCGGAGGUGCAGCUGCCCAAAGUGUCAGAGAUGAAACUCCCCAAGGUGCCAGAGAUGGUUGUGCCAGAGGUGCGGCUUCCGGAGGUGCAGCUGCCCAAAGUGUCAGAGAUGAAACUCCCAAAGGUGCCAGAGAUGGCUGUGCCAGAGGUGCGGCUUCCAGAGGUGCAGCUGCCGAAAGUCCCAGAGAUGAAAGUCCCUGAGAUGAAGCUUCCAAAGGUGCCUGAGAUGAAACUUCCUGAAAUGAAACUCCCUGAAGUGAAACUCCCGAAGGUGCCUGAGAUGGCCGUGCCCGAUGUGCACCUCCCAGAGGUGCAGCUGCCGAAAGCCCCAGAGAUGAAACUCCCUAAAAUGCCUGAGAUGGCUGUGCCAGAGGUUCGACUCCCCGAGGUGCAGCUGCCAAAAGUCUCAGAGAUGAAACUCCCCAAGGUGCCCGAAAUGGCUGUGCCCGAUGUACACCUCCCAGAGGUGCAGCUGCCCAAAGUCUCCGAAAUGAAAGUCCCUGACGUGAAGCUCCCAGAGAUAAAACUCCCUAAGGUGCCUGAGAUGACCGUGCCCGAUGUGCACCUCCCUGAGGUGCAGCUGCCGAAAGUGUCAGAGAUUCGGCUGCCGGAAAUGCAAGUACCGAAGGUUCCCGAUGUGCAUCUUCCGAAGGCACCAGAGGUGAAGCUGCCCAGGGCUCCAGAGGUGCAGCUAAAGGCCGCCAAGGCAGAGCAGGCAGAAGGGAUGGAAUUUGGCUUCAAGAUGCCCAAGAUGACCAUGCCCAAGCUAGGGAGGGCAGAGUCCCCAUCACGGGGAAAGCCAGGCGAGGCGGGUGCUGAGGUCUCAGGGAAGCUGGUAACACUUCCCUGUCUGCAGCCAGAGGUGGAUGGUGAGGCUCAUGUGGGUGUCCCCUCUCUCACUCUGCCCUCAGUGGAGCUAGACCUACCAGGAGCCCUUGGCCUGGAGGGGCAGGUCCCAGCCACUGAAAUGGGCAAGGUAGAGCGGGCGGAGGGCCCCGAGGUGGCAGCAGGGGUCAGGGAAGUGGGCUUCCGAGUGCCCUCUGUUGAAAUUGUCACUCCACAGCUGCCCGCUGUGGAAACUGAGGAAGGGCGGCUGGAGAUGAUGGAGAUGAAAGUCAAACCCUCUUCCAAGUUCUCCUUACCUAAGUUUGGACUCUCGGGGCCAAAGGUGGCUAAGGCAGAGGCUGAGGGGGCUGGGCGAGCCACCAAGCUGAAGGUAUCCAAGUUUGCCAUCUCACUCCCCAAGGCUCGGGUGGGGGCUGAGGCUGAGGCCAAAGGGACUGGGGAGGCAGGCCUGCUGCCUGCCCUCGAUCUAUCCAUCCCACAGCUCAGUCUGGAUGCCCACCUGCCCUCAGGCAAGGUAGAGGUGGCAGGUGCCGACCUCAAGUUCAAGGGGCCCAGGUUUGCUCUGCCCAAGUUUGGGGUCAGAGGCCGGGACACUGAGGCAGCAGAACUAGUGCCGGGGAUGGCUGAGUUGGAGGGCAAGGGCUGGGGCUGGGAUGGGAGGGUGAAGAUGCCCAAGCUGAAGAUGCCCUCCUUUGGGCUGGCUCGAGGGAAGGAAGCAGAAGUUCAAGGUGAGCGUGCCAGCCCAGGGGAAAAGGCUGAGUCCACCGCUGUGCAGCUUAAGAUCCCCGAGGUGGAGCUGGUCACACUGGGUGCCCAGGAGGAAGGGAGGGCAGAGGGGGCUGUGGCCGUCAGUGGAAUGCAGCUGUCAGGCCUGAAGGUGUCCACAGCCAGGCAGGCGGUCAUGGAGGGCCAUGAGGCGGGGCUGAGGAUGCCUCCGCUGGGCAUCUCCCUGCCCCAGGUGGAGCUGACUGGCUUUGGGGAGGUGGGUACCCCAGGGCAGCAAGCUGAGAGUACAGUCCCUUCAGCAGAGGACACAGCAGGCUACAGGGUUCAGGUGCCCCAGGUGACCCUGUCUCUGCCUGGAGCCCAGGCUGCAGGUGGGGAGCUGUUGGUGGGUGAGGGUGUCUUCAAGAUGCCCACCGUGACAGUGCCCCAGCUUGAGCUGGACGUGGGGCUAAGCCGAGAGGCACAGGCGGGCGAGGUGGCCACAGGCAAGGGUGGGCUGAGGCUGAAGUUGCCCACGCUGGGGGCCGGAGCUGGGGUGGGGGGCGAGGGUGCUCAGGAGCAGCCCCCAGGGGAUGAGCGUACCUUCCGCCUCUCACUGCCCGACGUGGAGCUCUCGCCACCCGGGGGCAACCACGCUGAGUACCAGGUGGCAGACGGGGAGGGGGAGGCUGGACACAAGCUCAAGGUACGGCUGCCCCGGUUUGGCCUGGCGUGGGCCAAGGAGGGGGCCGAGGAGGGUGAGAAGGCCAAGAGCCCCAAACUCAGGCUGCCCCGUGUGGGCUUCAGCCAAAGUGAGAUGGUGACUGGGGAAGGCUCCCCCAGCCCCGAGGAGGAGGAGGAGGAAGAGGGCAGUGGGGAAGGGGCCUUGGGGCGCCGGGGCCGGGUCCGGGUCCGCUUGCCACGUGUAGGCCUGGCGGCCCCUUCUAAAGCCUCUCGGGGGCAGGAGGGCGAUGCAGCCCCCAAGUCCCCCGUGAGAGAGAAGUCACCCAAGUUCCGCUUCCCUAGGGUGUCCCUAAGCCCCAAGGCCCGGAGUGGGAGUGGGGACCAGGAAGAAGGUGGGUUCCGGGUGCGGCUGCCCAGCGUGGGGUUUUCAGAGACAGGGGCUCCAGGCCCAGCCAGGAUGGAGGGGGCUCAGGCUGCGGCCGUCUGAAGCCCCUGGGCAGAUGGGGAUCCCUUCUUGCCUUCCUUUCUCUACCCCCUCGCUGUUGUGUGUGUGAUAACUAGCACUAACCCUAAGAGGGCUGGGAGGUGGGUGACUGACCAUGGCCGGCGGGGAGGCCUGCUCCUGUCUCUCUGGCAGGAGUGCCUGUACCCCACCAAGCCAUGUGAAUAAAAUAAUCCGGAAGUAGC